CGUCUCGCAGAUCCGCUGCCCCGUUCCCGGCUGCGGCGGGCUGCUGGAUCCGCUCCACUGCCGGCCGAUUCUGCCGAAGGCGGUGUUCGAUCGGUGGGGGGACGCGCUGUGCGAGGCGAUGAUUCAGGCGUCGGAGAAGUUCUACUGCCCGUUCAAGGACUGCUCCGCCCUGCUGGUGGACGAGAAGGCGGAGAUCGAGGAGUCGGAGUGUCCGGAGUGCCGGAGACUGUUCUGCGCAAAGUGUCAGGUUCCAUGGCACUCUGAGAUCUCUUGCUCGGAUUUCCAGGAAUUGAAUCUGAACGAGAGACAGAGGGAGGAUAUACAGAUGAUGAAUCUCGCGCAGGGGAAGGAGUGGAAGAGGUGCCCUAAUUGCAGGAUCUUCGUCGAGAGAAUAUCCGGCUGUGGUUUCAUGUCUUGCAGGUGUGGGUGUACCUUCUGCUACAGAUGUGGAGCUCCAGCAAAAGAUCACCUAUGCCCUAAAUGCGGUCAACUCACUCGGUGAUAUCUUUGGUGACAUGUUUGAAAAUUUGAAGGUGUUUGGAAAUAGAUUUUGAGCUUUUAUUUCAUUAAAAUACAGUCUUAAAU